UAAUCACUUAUGGGCAAUACAGGAAAUUUAGUCUUUCUCACAUCAGGACGGGCGAAGCCGAAAGGCAGAAGAGUUUAAAAACAAGAUUUGAAAAGGCGCUACCACAGUACAAGCGCUCUUGUGAAGUAAUUUCCACGUUAUGCAAUAUUCUGUAAACAGGUGGGAAACUGUGAGAUAGACGCCACGGCAGAAGAUAUAUGAGCGAAGGGCUUCAUGUUGCAUUACAGAAUGGAUGGCUGCGUCAUUUCACCUUUGUCAGAAGAAUUAAUUCCGUAUGAUCCGGAUGCUCGGCCGAUAUAUGACUUCUACCCGUAUCUCAGCAGCGACCCUCAGACUCAUCCUGAAAGUGGAUGGGACUACGCGAGCGUUCACGGCCAUCACGGCGACUUCGAGCCUCCUCAAGGAAACCAUUUCACCGAGCUUCAUCCCAGCACGUACCGCUACGGAGACGUGGAGGCCUUCCAUCCAGCCGUAGAUUCAGGAAUGGGACCGCUUUUACCCGUCGUUCCUCCACAGUAUACUUACGUCCCCCACCCGUUGUACCAGCGGUCCCCCGUCCCCCACUGCAGUACUGACGAUGAGGACCCCGGGGGACGCAGUCCACCCUUUGAGGUGUCCGAGGGUGAGGAGGACAACGACAGACAUCCAGGCAUCUCCAGCUCUCUAUCAGGAAACAAGCGUAAAGUGCGUCUCUAUCAGUUCCUCCUGGACCUCCUACAGGACGGAGACAUGCGGGACUGCAUCUGGUGGGUGGACCGAGAGCGAGGCAUCUUUCAGUUCUCCUCCAAACACAAGGAGACACUGGCUAGCCGCUGGGGCCAACAGAAGGGCAACCGCAAGAGAAUGACCUACCAGAAGAUGGCCAGGGCCCUGCGCAACUACGGCAAGACCGGCGAGGUCAAAAAGGUCAAGAAGAAGCUGACGUACCAGUUCAGCAGCGAGGUGAUGAGGAGGAUGGCUACGGACAGGAGGCAGUACCAUCACUGACUGAUCCAGAGUCUUUUUCUUACGACAUUCACGCAUUCUCUCCUGCCAUUGUUCUGAAGCAAAACAUAAUCUCAGGGAUAUGUAAUAUGUAUAGUUAUGACAGGGAUGGGAUAUCAGUGUAGCUGACGACACGAAAGGACACGGACUAAAGACAUUUUUAAGGUUAAAGUUUCUGUUUUUAUAAAAGGCUACACGCUUUCGAGUUUUCAUGCUGUAACUGGUCACUAUUGUUUUUCUUUUUCCACUUUUAAAGUUGAUUUCACUAUACAAAUUAACUGUAAAAAGUAUAAUAUUUCACAUAGCGUCUCAGUUAAUCUAGUUACGAAAACCACAUGCAUCGUAAUAAUUAUAAGAAGAAUAAAAUUUUACGCUUAAUAACAUGUUACCACUCAGGACAUGUUCGAUUUCGACUUCCAUACGCUUCUUUCACAAAAUUAAGUAAAGCUUUAACUUAUUUUAUGAUUAUUAAUGUAGAAAAUCUGUCUUGACGUUAUGUGGAGGUGUCACGCCGCUGAAUAAAUGAACCUGGAAGUCUGCCUUUAAAAUA